CCGAAGUGGCAGAAAGACCAUUCGUGCUGCAUGUAAGCUGUACAACAUUCCGUUUGGGACUCUGUGGAAAAAAGCUAAAUUUACUUACAUGCCAGAGCGUAAGCCUGGGGGCCAGCCAGUCCUUACUUCACAGGAAGAAGCUGACAUCACUCUCAUCAUCAACCAGCUGGCAGAGUGGAAAGUGCCACUCAGUGAGAUUGACAUCAGGCUCUUAGUGAAGAACUACCUAGACCGCCAAGGCAAGUUAACCAGGUUCAAAAACAACAUGCCUGGACCGGACUGGAUGAAACUUUUCAUGAGGAGGAACAACCUCACUGCCAGAGCUGCUGAAAAUGUCAAGCCAAGCAGAGCUGGUGUCACUGCUGCUGAGAUCCAAGGGUUUUUCAGCAGGUUAGCCCAGGUUCUUGAAGGUGUUGAGCCUCAAAACCUGUUCAACUAUGACGAGACAAAUGUCACAGAUGACCCAGGCGCAAAACGUUGCAUCACUCGCAGAGGCAUGAGGCGUGUUGAGAGGAGAAUGAGCCAUUCAAAACAAGCGACAAGCAUUAUGUUCUGUGGCAGUGCUGAUGGCAAAUACCUACCACCCAUGGUGGUGUACAAAGCGAAGCACAUCUACCAAGAGUGGAUGCAAGGUGGACCUACGGGUGCCCUCUACCACCGCUCACCAAGUGGCUGGUUCGACAACUUUCUCUUUGAGCGCUGGUUCUUUGACCUCUUCCUCCCACACGUGAAGGACCGGCCUGGCAAAAAGGUUCUGCUGGGAGACAACCUGGCCUCCCAUUUUAGUAUCCCAGUGCUGGAGGCAUGCAAGGAAAACAAGAUUGAGUUUGUCAGUCUGGUGCCCAAUGCCACACACCUUCUCCAGCCGCUGGACGUCGGGGUCUUUGGCCCUGCCAAGAGGGUCUGGCGCAGGAUACUGGAGAACUGGAGAAAGGAGGCCAGGUCAAGACAGAGCAUCCCAAAGACAAGCUUCCCAGGCCUACUGAAGAAGCUGUGCUCAAAGAUGCCAGGUGCCAACCUCAAGGCAGGGUUCAAGGGAUGUGGCAUCCUGCCUCUGGAUCCAGCUCAGGUGCUCAAGCAUCUACCUGGUACUAGUGAUGACCAGGAUAGCAGGUCGUUACUGAGUGAGUCAGUCACAAGCCUGCUACAGGAGCACAUCCUGCCUGGAACAGCAGAAAAGACCCAGAAAAAGAGAGGGCCCAAGGUCCAGCCAGGAGCUGCUGUGGUGGCAUCAGACCUGUCAACACCAUCUACAUCUGAGGUCAAACAGCAGCAAACACCCAAGCCCAAGACAGCACCUAAGCGUGCCUUCACUGUCCUUUCCUGUGAUGACACCAGUGAAUGUGAGGACAACCCAGAUGAAGAGAAUGAAAAAACAGACACAGAUGCUGAAGAUGAGGAGAGCUGCUCGAUCUGUUUCAGCUGGAACAUCCCUGGACAAAGACAGAGGCAGAUUGACUGGGAGGGCUGUGAAAAAUGUGGCAAAUGGUAUCACAGCCACUGCAUCAAGAGAGUCAUGAAGGACAAGGAGGCUGUGGUGGAGGACUUCUGUAACUGUUCCUGAAGCCUCAAACCAGAGGUGAAAGCAGGUUACCCAGCUGCUGCGGGCUGGUAGUGCGCUGAGGUGCGCAAGUUCUUGCCCAGUGCGUAUUUUGGUGUUACCGCCUCAGUGUUUCAAUGUUCUUUCACUUGGCUGUGAAAUGUGUGUUUUUGUCAAAUUAUGUGUGUGUCAAUUAAAUGUGUUGAUUUUUGUUUAAACAUGUAUUUUGAUAA